CGGCUCGGUGCGCAGCUGCGGAGGAUCGCUUCCGGGGGGCGGGUCAGCGGAAGUGAGGGCGGUAGAGGCUGGGCGGCCCACGGUGGAAGGAGGGGCAGUGAGGUGAGAGAGUCCCGGAGCCCGAGACUGAGAUGGCCUGAUAUGAAGGAGUCACGCCUCCCACCUCCUGGAGCUGCCCUGUGGCUGCCUUGUCCUUCAAGUGAAGGAGCUGGUUCACCUGUCGGGAAUGGAAGCCAGUGUGACCAUACCAAUCUGGCAAAACAAGCCGCAUGGGGCUGCUCGAAGUGUAGUAAGAAGAAUUGGGACCAACCUACCCUUGAAGCCGUGUCCCCGGGCGUCCUUCGAGACCCUGCCCAACAUCUCUGACCUGUGUUUGAGAGAUGUGCCCCCAGUCCCUACCCUGGCUGACAUCGCCUGGAUUGCUGCAGAUGAAGAGGAGACAUAUGCCCGGGUCAGGAGUGAUACGCGCCCCCUGAGGCACACCUGGAAACCCAGCCCUCUGAUUGUCAUGCAGCGUAAUGCCUCCGUUCCCAACCUGCGUGGGUCCGAGGAGAGGCUUCUGGCCCUGAAGAAGCCAGCCCUGCCAGCCCUAAGCCGCACCACUGAGCUGCAGGAUGAGCUGAGCCACUUGCGCAGUCAGAUUGCAAAGAUAGUGGCAGCUGAUGCAGCUUCGGCUUCAUUAACGCCAGAUUUCUUAUCUCCAGGAAGUUCAAAUGUCUCUUCUCCCUUACCUUGUUUUGGAUCCUCAUUCCACUCUACAACUUCCUUUGUCAUUAGUGACAUCACCGAGGAGACAGAGGUGGAGGUCCCUGAGCUUCCAUCAGUCCCCCUGCUUUGUUCUGCCAGCCCUGAAUGUUGCAAACCAGAACACAAAGCUACCUGCAGUUCGUCUGAAGAGGAUGACUGCAUCUCUUUGUCCAAGGCCAGCAGCUUUGCAGACAUGAUGGGUAUCCUGAAGGACUUUCACCGAAUGAAACAGAGCCAAGAUCUGAACCGGAGUUCACUGAAGGAGGAAGACCCUGCUGUGCUUAUCUCUGAGGUCCUACGAAGGAAGUUUGCUCUAAAGGAAGAAGAUAUCAGUAGAAAAGGAAACUGACAACCCUCAGCUCUGCAAACUCAGUCUCAUGCUCCUGGAAUACCUUCAAUAGCUGCCUUCCUCACCACAGAUGUUUCUGCCUCUAAAGGAGAAAUCUUCUGCAACAGUCUUGCUGACAAGCUAGAGCUUGGACUGAAAGAGAAGAGCUGGAUUAUAUGUUUCCCAGACUUCAAACCCUAGCAGAAGCUAAGGCUUGUGAUUUGACCCGAGACAUUUGUUUCAGGUAAUUGUGUAGAAUGAAGUAUCUCAGUUUAAAGGGUAAGAGAGAAAUUGUUUCUGGUUUUUCCUUGCCCCUGUGUGAAAACAGGUCCGAAAUGACUGACUGACUUCACUGCAUUAGACCCUAUAACUGGUUUCACAAGACACUUUGUGCCCAGCUGUCACUCACUCUCAGCAGCUUCCUUGCAGCAGAGCAGGGCUGAGGGGAAGGGGCUAUAAAUGUUUGUAUACAUGUUCACAGGGCAUGGAAAAUCUUAUGCUGCUCCAUCAUAAACGUACACCAAUGCCCAGCAAUCACCCUUCUCAUUUCCUUGUCUAGAUGUAGAGGUCAGGCUGCUGAACCAGCCAACACGUGGGCUACUGCUGGGAAGCCUGGGCUGUUUUUUUUCUUAAACACAUUUUAUAUACUGAACAACCAAAUCUACCCUCCAUGGCCCUGAGGCCUUAUCAGUUCCACUGAUUAAAAACUUUCUCUUUCACGGACUUUAAGCCCGGUAGGAAAGAGAAAGGAGGAGGGGGAAAGAGCAUACCAUCUUUCUUCCAGGCCCUUGACUGCUCCUUUGGGUUGGGCCAAGGUUUGUACCUACCACACCAUGCAUGACUCAGAUGCCCUCAGGUCCCUUUCUCUGUGGUAUGUAUUACUGUGUGUGUUUGGGUUGAAGCACUACCUGACAUUAAAAGAAGGACUUGGAGAGAGAAUGCA